AUGGGGGAGGAGCAGAUCCCCACUACGGAUGCGACGGUCUGUGCUGAGCAGGAGGGGGCCGGACCCGUCGAUGGACCUCGUCGUGCAGGGCAUUGGCAACUCGACGUGGGAGAAGACAGGAUGGGCCUGCAGGGACAAGACCAGGGUGGGGCUGAGAGCCGUCCGAAGACUCGGGCUAAUGGUAGUAGUAGGCGACAGGGCGGACCGAGGCGACAGGGCGGCGACCAGACUAAGCCGAUGGGUGUAGCGGAGGUACGCUGUGCUGCUAAGAGUCCGACUUUGGCGGCAUCAUCACAGGGGGAAUAUCUCAGUAAGGCACUGUAUGGAACAUGGUCCGGCAGCAGUAGUAGUAUGGAUGGUGGAAUCGAUGCUUUCCUUGAGGAAGUACAUGAGCUUAGACGUUUGAAUGAGGAUCUCCUACGGCACUAUGACCAGCGCUAUAGAGACCACCAGGCGACAAUGCGUCCUGUACAGUCGUCGGACCCUCAGCUGUGGGGUGUCGGUCUGUUGACGGACGUGAGCUGUGCUGGUAGCACCCGGCCGGGUAGUAUUGGCCUGGUCGCUAGCCCUCGGACCUUGGAGAGCGAAGUUGUCCGGGCAUCUAGGGCCAGCCAGGGCUGGACGGAGCCACAGCGGACCCCUCGACUGAUGGAGGUCGGCAGUCCUAGAAUGAGCAGUGUAGAGAGUCGGGGUAGCAGCUCUAGAAAGGGAGAGGCCACUGUGGAAGUGGUUCGGGUUCGGAAGAAGGCUGGACGCUUACGAGCUACUCGUGACGACGCUACAAGCAGGCCGGCGCAGCGUGUAGGGGUUGAGGGCAAUCCAGUUGCAGGUCGGAGCCCCGUUCUAGGACACCGCUACCUCAAAUCUGGCGACAUCAUCGGCGUUCCCCUCGGCGGUCCUGGAGGUUUGGGGGCCAGAAGUGUCCUAUAUGCAGCAGUGGGCGGCCCGGGAGUAGGCCAAGAGCAUUGGGCUCGGUGUUACAUCCCUUCAUAA